AUGAUGAGGGCGAAAUAUCGGGCGCUACUGAUGCUAGCGCUAUACGCCUGCGCUUAUGCAACCGACGAAGCACCACUCAACCAACGACAGCGAACAGCGAAGCUGAUACGGAACUAUCCCGACUUCGAACCGAUCACCCAGCGCGUUCAAUCUUUGGAGAGUCCCAUGUACAACUUUAUUGACCCUUAUGGUCCCGGUACAUAUGCAUUUGGGUAUGAAAUCGAGGAUCCCAAGAGUGGUAACGUACAGUUUCGUGAUGAGGAGAAGUUGAGCAAUGGUACCGUGCGCGGUUCGUACGGUUAUAUGCAACCGGAUGGGUCGGUAAUCAUCACCAGCUUCGUUGCGGACGAGGGUGGCUACAGAGCAAAAACGGAGAUCAAGCGAGCCAACGGACAAACGGUUGCAUCCUUCCCAGCACCAGCACCCCAGCAGGAUCGCUACUUUCCGGCGUACGAUCAGCAAGCCAGCACCAUCAAUCCAGCAGUCGCAGCCGCACUUCAGCAACAGCAGCAUAUCAACCUGAAUCCCACGUACAAUCCCAUCCUAGAUCCGGGCGUUAUCGAUCCUCAGUACGCGGCAGCAAUAUUGGGCCACAUACGCGACCAGCAGUACAGCCCCGGGCAAGGUUUGGUUCAGUAUCCGUACGGCAUUCCCAAUACACCUUUCCAAACGCCUCACCAUCAUCAGUAUCAGCACCAUCCUCAGCACCCACAGCACGCCCCUCUGUACGAUGCACCACCGAAUGCGUUCUCCAACUUUAUCGGCCAACUGCCGGCCAAUCUGAACCCGUACAAUCUGUACCAAAACCUGCAGUCCUCUUUUCCCCAGGUCCUACCACAGCAGAACCCACUGGAUCAGCUAGCCACUAGCAUACAGGGGAACUUUCCACAGCAAGGUCCGGGAUCGGGAUUUGGUAAUUUCUUCAACGGUGCCCAGAACUCUUUCCAACAGCUGGUACCGCAGGGUUUCGGUAGCUGGAUUGGUCAAAACCGUGUACCGGUUGCUGUUCCCGGACAGCAGCAGUUCCUCCCAGGGGGGUAUGGCUUUCAGCAACAGGUACCGCACCAGCAGAUCCUCUCGUCGAACAGACCAACGAAUGUUCUGGGCGAUAUGCCAAUAACCGGACCCGGCUCGAUGGGAUCGAUGAUGAUGAAUGGUCAGUACGUUCCGACUACGAGACGCCGCAAGCUAACCGGUACGACAAAGAAACGCAACAAAAUAAAAACCCGUGACGGUAUGGAUUGGUUUGAUGAUUUUCUCGAGAAUCGAAAGCGGCAGGUAAUGUACGGUGCAGGAACUGCCACCACACCGGAAACGAUCACGGAGACGGCACUGCAAGAUGUCCCUGAGUAA